AUGCGCGCCAACCUCGCCAUCGUAGCCGGCUUCUUGGGCCUCGCCUCGGCCCUGCCCGCCGACAACUCCGCCUCGGGCUCCGACGUUGAGAAGCGCCAGUCCGUACCGACCGUCUACCUCUGCGGCGACAGCACAACGGCCAAGGCCGGCGGCGGCGGCGGCACCGAGGGCUGGGGCACGUUCCUGCAAUACUCGUUCGCGCCCAGCAAGGCCAAGGUCGACAACCGCGCCAUCGGCGGCCGCAGCGCGCGCUCCUACACGCGCGAGGGCCGCUUCGACGCCGUCGCCGCCCUCGUCAAAGCCGGCGACUGGGUCAUCAUCGAGUUCGGCCACAACGACGGCGGCUCCCUCACCCCGACGGACAACGGGAGGACCGACUGCUUCGGCGACGGUGCCCAGACGUGCCAGACCACCUACAACGGCGUCGCCGAGACCGUCCUCACGUACCCGGCCUACCUGAAGAACGCCGCCAAGAAGUUCAACGAAAAGGGCGCCAAGGUUAUCAUCUCGGCGGCAACGCCCAACAAUGUCUGGGAGACGGGCACCUACAAAUGGGGAUAUGACCGCUUCUUCUACUACGCCUGGCUCGCCGUCGAGCAGCUCGGCGGCCCGUCCAAGGGCUACUACUUCGUCCCGCACGGCGAGUACGCGGCGCAGGCGAUGAAGAACCUCGGCGCCGCGACCGUCAACGCCAACUACCCCAACGACCACACGCACACGGCGCCGUUCCUCGCCGACGCCAUGCACAAGGCCUUCGUCCUCGGCCUGCGCUGCGGCACCAGCGCCCUCGCGUCGCUGGUGACCAACUCGACGGCCUCGCUGACCUCGACCUACCUCGGCCCCUGCGUCGAUAGCUACAACUCGACCGUCCACGCGCUGCUGAGGUAA